CUCCGGUCGCCCCUGGAGACGGGCUGCGGGCGGAGGACGGCGGCGGGGAGCGGGGCCGGAAGGACGGGCGGACGGACGGACGGACGGACGGUGGGCUCGCUGCAGAAAUAAAACCCAAGCAAGGCGGACAAGCAACAGGGCCGCCUAUGUAGACUAAAGAAUUCGCUCAAGGUCACGCAGCCUGCGGCCGGGCUGCGUCUCGUGACUCCCCGUCUGGAGGUUUGACCGCGGACCGUUCCUGCUUUACAUGCUAGCGCCUCCGGAUCUCUGAAAAUGUCUGGCAAAACGGCUAGCACCACCAACAACAUAGCUCAGGCCCGGAGGACUGUCCAGCAGCUAAGAAUAGAAGCCUCAAUAGAACGGAUAAAGGUGUCAAAGGCGUCAGCAGACCUAAUGCUCUAUUGUGAAGAACAUGCCAAGAAAGAUCCCUUGCUAAUGGGCAUACCUGCCUCUGAGAACCCCUUCAAGGAUAAGAAGACGUGCGUUUUGUUAUAGGAGCGCUCGCGCUACCGCCGCUCUGCGACGCGGGGCAAGGCACAGGCAGAUGUAUAGACAAAUAACCUGUAAGGUACCUGCUAGUAACUCUUCUUUUUCCACGUGUAUAAAUGAUUUCUUAAGCUUUCGAAAGCGUUUCCUCUGUUCCCGGUCUUCAUUAGGAAGCGGGUUUCAAACCGAAUUAACUGCCCUCUGGGCCGAGGGAGCGGGGUCCUCGCCGUGGGCCGGCGGUCGCGGGGCCAGCUCCGCCGUGAGAGCCGCCCGCGUGCCCGGGGAGCCGCUCUGCUCCGGCCCUGCUCCCGACUUCCACAAACACCACCAAAGUUGCCUGGCUUUGCCGACAGAACAGGGACAGAUUGGGAAUCCCAAUUAAACAUCGUUUGUUUCAGUUUUUCAGAUCGUGCGUGCACGCAGAGCGGGCAGCGAUACCUGCCUGGGUGACGCACAGCCGUGCGCUCAUGCACAUACCCACGUCCAAGUGCAUUAUUUAGCAACAGCUGCCUUGAAAACCAUUGUAGCAACUGCUGGCGAGCUCCAGCGACUCACGUCUACAUCUCUGUUAUGCCUCUUUCUCUUGACAAGGAUUUGUAAGCGUAAAACCUAAAGUGUCAGGAGUCAGAUAUCUGAGGGUUUUUCCAUAGCUCUUCAAGAGGAGUUGAAAAAGCAGAGUUUUCAGCUUCAGUUCUGCUCAAUUCUGCUUUUCUGCUUUCUCUAAUUAAAGCUCUGUGUUGGUAUUAAAAAAAAGCUGUCAGAAGAAUCAAAGGCUACAAGCUCACGUUUCCCUGGCUUUGUGGCUGAGGUGGAGGUAUGGUUCUGUCACUCCAAGUCUCGUUUGUUUUGUACAGGGAUUCAGAAUUUGGCUCUCUUUUAAAUUCCUUUUUAGAGGGGAAAAAAUGCCAAAUUGUAUCCAGAUUGUGGUUAUGCAAAUAUAACUGGGGAGCCUUUCCAUCAAGUAAGCGAUUUUAUAUAUAUACAUAAUGAAAACCUCCUUGUGUGUGUGUGUGUGUAUAAACUUUAAUAGAAUAUUUAUACAAACAUUGCAUAUUAACAGAAAACUUCGAGGGGAUUUAAAAUAAUCCCGACUUCAGCUGGCUACCAAUGUUCUUUGUCUUUCUCUGUAGCCAGUGGUUCGGAGGCUGAAGUCCUGAUCUGCCAUAACCGUGCAUUUCUGUAACGCUAUUUACAGAACUUAUUAACCACUUGUAAUUUACUGUCUUACAUUGCCUAUUUGUCAUUUCUAUAUUAAAUUAUAUAUGCACUGUUGAUAACAUAUUGAGAAAUUAUACAUUUGUUUAACAAGCCUCUUUAACCAACAGUUCACAAACGCGAACACAAGGCUGGCGGUAAGAGAGCCGUACUGCUUAUUCUCUGCUCACCUUCAAAUUAUUUUUAUAACUAUUUUUCUAGUGACAAUUUCAAAACAAUAACGUAGAUCCACGCUGAUUUUUUUUUUUUACUCUCAUUUUAUAAGGCACCUAGUUAAGAACAGACCUUGGCUGUGUGUGGGUAUAAAGGGCCGGGAGCACCAGGGGGGCUGAGCAGGUCGGGGGCGAGGGGAAGCUGCCCACCCGGUGUUGUUCUGCGAGCCUCCCGCCCGCAGCAAUCCACGGCGUGUUCGAGCUCCCCGCCCCAACCAAGGCAAGCUGUGUAGACGCAAAGAUGACUUCUAAUGUCGUGCUUUUUCCCUGUGGUGUUCACCCUUAAAGCAGGAGCCAGCGGUGACGUGGGUCCCAGCUGCGCCCCGCUGGGCUGCCGGUGUCUGCCCUGCGCCUGGAGCUGUGCAGCCCCCGUCCUGCCCCCUCCUGCCUCACCCCACCGCUGCACGAGGCGCCUAACCUUGUACUUUCUAAUAAAGACGUUUGGCAUGGU